UCUUGUUUCUCAUCCAGGAAGGAACAUGAUUUGAGCGCCAUUUUGAAAAAACUCCAGCGCGAGCAGCAGACGAGACAGGCCAGCGACGCCAUGAACCGGAAGGAGAUGGAGCAGUUUGUGUCAACACACUUCCCCUGGAUGCUUCAACUCCACGUCCUUGAAAACUAUUUCACACACGGUCAUUUCGUAUCGGAAAAAUACCACCAACGGUACACGCAUAGCUCGAUAAGCGUGUUGACCUACUUUCAGGACCACGGCGGGAAUUUCAGUAAAUGUCUUCGCGGAGCCGGAGCAAAACACCACCAAGCCGUUUCACCGGAAAUGACAUUCGGGAAUAGACAUACAUGGGAUACUGUCAACGAAGGUCUUUAUAAAUUCAAACAUAAGUUUAAAAUUCAUUACGGACACGCUGCUUUUGGGAUAUGCCAGUCGCCCGUUUGUGAAGAACCCAGGAGUAUUUCUGUUGAAAAACCUGCUACGGUCAACGGUCAAGUUCUUAUCAUGCAAGAUCCUUUUCUAUUAGCCAUCGCCCAUUACGGAACUUGUUUGAUGGAGCCUGGUGAUAAUUUUUUAUGCCAGAUGGCUCAUAAGCCAGGUACAACGUUCGAAGACUGGGUUAUCCUACGUGGCAGCGUUGUUUUCAAGAGCCUGGUUUUUCAUUCUGGAAUCUGCAGUAAGCCCAGCACUGCAUUAAACAAUAUUUCUAAAGGACACCUUCCACUUCACGAUGUAUGUGAGAGGAACCUCCACCAACACUUACAAAGUCUCGAGCCAAAAAUGUUGAAGUAUUUAUUAAACUACAUCUUAAACCAUCUCCAGACAUGGUUCGCCCUUGUUGGAGUUUACGAAGAUUUGAAUCAUUCCUUAUACAUGCUGAAUCAUGUUUUUAGAUUACCACUUCACGAAUGCGAAUUUCUUUCCCAUUUUGACGAUACAUCUUUUGAUCAACACGUUUUUAAAAAUAUGAAAGCAAAAGUUAAAUCAGAAACAGACCAAAACACUUUUGGCUACACCACAACUGACCUCUCACUUCAGUCUUUACUGAAUUCAAGCAGAAGUGAAGUAUCCUUGCUGGAAUCUUUGAGCCGGUUAGAAGCAGACGUAGCCAAACAAAAUGUACAAGAACCAAAAAGUAUUCCUACCCCUGAUAGUGACAGCACUUUACUAUCAGACUAUGAUAUCAUUGAUAUUAUCAACACCAGUGAUAAUAAUAAUAAAAACGAUAAAAACACCUUUCUUGAAGACAAUGUUGAUAUUCCUGAAAAUUCUUAUUUUGAAGAUUUAAAUUCUAACGACAGUUCAUUAACAUUUGAAGAAGAUUAUGAGGAUGAACGUGCAAUAGAUGAUAUUUCUAGUCUAGAUGAUAUUUUUACACAGCAUAUUCUGUCAUACAAGGCAAGGAGACUGAAGACAAAUACAGCAUGGGAUGAAGCUUAUAACAAACUUGUCAACGAUGAGCGAGUUUUAGCUGCUCUGUCAUUCGACAUCCAGAUAUAUAAAGCUGUGAAAAAACUGUACAAAGUCCAGAAAUUGUAUUUCAUGAAUUCCAGAUUAUGAAUUGUGAUAUGCCUAUGUUUAUAUGUUAAUUUAAUUUAUGCUUAUGAUGGCCAUCUAUUUAUAAUUAAAAAGGUAGCCAUAUUUUGAUA